AUGUUGGCUUUGCGUAAGGUUCGUCAAUUUCGCGUCUUUUCCGUGCUGGUUGUCGGUUCCAUUGUGUGUUGCGCGAAAAGCGUCAAUGAACCGGGCAACAUGUCUUUCGUGAAGGAGACGGUGGAUAAACUGCUGAAGGGAUAUGAUAUCCGACUGAGACCGGACUUUGGAGGGGCCCCAGUUGCAGUCGGGAUGAGCAUAGACGUGGCAAGCAUAGACAUGGUGUCAGAAGUCAACAUGGACUAUACGUUGACCAUGUAUUUCCAGCAGUACUGGAGAGACAAACGUCUAGCCUAUGUAGGAAUCCCUCUCAACUUGACCCUUGAUAAUAGGGUUGCCGACCAGCUCUGGGUCCCAGACACAUACUUCCUCAAUGACAAGAAGUCCUUCGUCCACGGAGUCACUGUCAAAAACCGAAUGAUCCGACUGCAUCCAGACGGAACCGUUCUCUACGGACUCAGGAUAACUACGACAGCAGCGUGUAUGAUGGAUCUCAGGAGGUAUCCCCUGGAUGAACAGAACUGCACUCUGGAGAUAGAGAGCUAUGGCUACACCACAGACGACAUCGAGUUCUACUGGAAAGGAGGCGAUACAGCUGUAACGGGGGUGACACGGAUCGAGUUGCCUCAGUUUUCCAUUGUCGAUUACAAGCUGGUUUCCAGAAAUGUUGUCUUUUCCACAGGUGCCUACCCGCGACUGUCUCUGAGCUUCAAGCUGAAGAGGAACAUUGGCUACUUCAUCCUGCAAACAUACAUGCCAUCGAUCCUGAUUACCAUCCUCUCCUGGGUCUCCUUCUGGAUAAACUACGAUGCGUCGGCAGCCAGAGUGGCUCUAGGGAUCACCACGGUGCUGACCAUGACCACCAUCAACACCCACUUGCGAGAGACCCUGCCCAAGAUCCCCUACGUCAAAGCUAUCGACAUGUACCUGAUGGGCUGCUUCGUCAUGGUCUUCCUGGCAUUGCUGGAAUACGCCUUCGUCAACUACAUCUUCUUCGGCAGGGGUCCUCAGAUGCAAAAGAAGCUUGCGGAGAAGGCAGAGAAGGCCAAUAACGAGAAGGCGGCCAAGUAUGACGCUGCAAGGGUAGGUUGGAAUUGUAGGACCGCAUCGCUAAAACGGUCCAAUCAGGUUAAAGGUCUUCGCCACUCACGCUCGGUGAGUUCACACGGCCACGGGAACAUUCUGCUAACCACGCUGGAGAUCCAUAACGAGGUGGCGGGAGGCGAGAUCACCACCAGCGUGGCGGACAUUAGGAACUCUCAGUCCAUGGUGCAGUUGGACAGCACGGCAUCGUCGCAUAUCCAGUACCGCAAGCAGAGCGGAGGGAUCGGCCCGCGCUCCGCCAGCCGCCACUCCCUGGACCGCGCCGCCCAGAUUAAACGCAGCCGUCUGCGGAGGCGGUCCUCGCAGCUCAAAAUCAAAAUCCCCGACCUGACGGAUGUGAACGCCAUCGACCGCUGGUCACGGAUCAUCUUCCCCUCCGUUUUCUCACUGUUCAACCUCAUCUACUGGCUGUACUACGUCUGA